AGGAGGGGCGUGGCCGCGUCGAGGGUGGUGACUGCUGCGAAGUGAGUCGCGUCCUGCGCUGGGGUGGCUGCCGAACCGCGCUAGGUUGACACCCCACCCCCCGCUUCCCACCCCGCCGUCUCGGGGUGCUGCCGUUAACGUUCGUGCCGCCGCCGCCGUCGCCAACGCUGUCAUGCCGCUCUUCGCCCCCAACCCCUUCGAGCAGGAUGUGGAAAAGGCUACAAAUGAGUACAACACUGUGGAAGAUUGGGCAGUUAUUAUGGAUAUUUGUGACAAGGUUGGAAGCACUCCUAAUGGAGCAAAAGACUGCCUCAAAGCCAUUUUAAAGAGAGUAAAUCAUAAAGUACCCCAUGUUGCACUGCAGGCACUAACUCUGUUGGGAGCCUGUGUAUCAAACUGUGGAAAGAUUUUUCACUUAGAAAUCUGCUCGCGUGAUUUUGCCAGUGAAGUGCGUGUCAUAAUAAACAAGGCACAUCCUAAAGUAUGUGACAAAUUAAAGGCUUUGAUGGUAGAAUGGUCAGAAGAAUUUCAGAAGGACCCCCAGUUCAGCUUAAUAUCAGCCACCAUUAAAUCUCUUAAGGAAGAAGGGGUUGUGUUUCCUACAGCUGGGACACAGAGUCCCUCAGCUGCUGCCAAGAAUGGUGCAUCAUCAGGCAAAAACAAAGAAGAAGAAGAUAUAGCUAAAGCUAUUGAAUUAUCUUUGCAAGAACAGAAGCAGCAGCAGCAAACCGAGACAAAAUCUUUAUACCCAUCUGUAGACAUUCAGCAUAGCCAUCAAAAGCUCUCAAGAAAAGUGCGAGCCUUGUAUGACUUUGAGGCAGUCGAGGAUAAUGAACUUACCUUUAAGAGUGGCGAUAUUAUUGUUGUUUUGGAUGACAGUGAUGCCAAUUGGUGGAAAGGAGAAAAUCACAGAGGAAUCGGAUUGUUCCCUUCUAACUUUGUGACCCCUAACUUAAAUGAUGAGCCUGAAACAGUGCCUGUAGACAAGGAUGUUUCUGAGGACACUACUGAAAUUACAAAACCUGAGCCAGAGCCAGUGUACAUAGAUGAGAAUAAGAUGGAUAAGACAUUGCAGUUACUUCAGAGCAUAGAUCCAACAGAUCCUAAAUCUGAUUCUCCUGAUCUUCUGGAUUUAGAAGAUGUCUGUCAACAGAUGGGUCCCAUGAUAGAUGAAAAGCUAGAAGAAAUUGAUAGGAAACAUUCAGAAUUGUCCGAACUAAAUGUGAAAGUGAUGGAAGCUUUGGAACUCUACAAUAAACUAAUGAAUGAAGCUCCUAUGUAUUCUGCUUACUCAAAGAUGCACUCAACGGCACAGUAUGCACCCACGUCAGCCAGUGUUCCAGUGCAGUCAUAUCCCAUCCAUCCUCACAGUGGGAAUUACGUGGUCCAUGGUAUGCCUCCAAGCUACAAUCCAGGAAGCGACCAGAUUGGUCCACUGAGGUCUUUGCCUCCAACCGUGAAUUCUUCAGUAACAUCUCAGCCCCCUCCGACCUACAUGAGUCCUGGUCUAGAUUCUGUGCCCAGUUCUACUUACAUGAACCAGAAUUCUUGCCUCCCACCUGCUGGUCCUGUUUCUUAUGCCCAGCAGAUGACCAUGCCGGUGGAUAUGCUAGCCUACCAGAACACUGCAUCCAGUUUGCCUCAAGGUCCGUGCUAUCCAGCAGUUCCCACUCAUUCACUUCCACAGCAGCAAACAAAUUAUCACCAGCAGCCUCUCCUGUGAAAAUGCAGAGUCGGAGCCUGGGAAGCGUUUUAGAUGUUGCUGACCCGUAAUCUUUUAAAUUGUCCUUCCAUUGAUUUAAAAGGAUACUUCUGCUGAAGGGAACAGACAACUAAGCAAUUUCAAAGUAAAUGUUAAUUCAGGCUUAACUGUUUUUCUGCAUAGCUCUUUAAACUAGGUGAGCUGCGGUUGUGUUUUUUUUUAAAAAAGCUUUCCAAUCCUGACUUCUGUAAUAUUCUCUUGUCUUCUCACUAUUUAUAAAAAUGCCACUUCAAUUUUUCCCUUGUAAGAAAAGCUUGAAAACAAAGCUGAUAUAUGCAACUCCUCCUGUUUAUUCUUUCCAGACUUUGGGAACAUAGUAAUUGUUUUUUAAUGGAAGCCUUACAUUUGAAGUGCUUUCUUUGAAACUCAAGUUUAAUUAGUUAGUUUGGAUUUUGGUUUCUACCCUUUUGAGAUCAUAAUCUUAACAAGAUUGCCUUUUGAGAUUAUACAAUAAAGACUUUAUGAACCUGAGAGGAAAACACACACGCACGCACGCACGCACUCACUCACUCACUUUGAAUGUCAGAGAAGUUAAUGGAUUUUAAGGUUUCUGCCAGAAUGGAUUUCUUACUUGCUUUUCUCAAAAACUAGUUUUAUUGCUGUGGAGUAUCUAUCUGAAGACGAAGAGUUUAAAGAGCACAUUUUUAACUUCAUAAAUUCCCUAACACAAAUGGACCUGAUCAAAUCUGGAUCAGUGUUUUCUCUCUGUUCUCAUUCCCUGGCAUUACUGAAUAUGAAGGAGAAGCUGAUAAUUAUGCUGAACUGUAGUCACAGCAAGGAUUUAUAUGCAGAUUUAUUUUUUUUUACCUUAACUGGUAAAAUACACAUUGUGUAAGGGAGUGCGAAAAGGGAUAUGGCAAUGUAUUUUUCUAUUGUUGAGAAGUCAAAAAGAGUUCCUGACCAGGAACUAAAAAGUUUUUCUUUCCUAAAAAGAAAAACUUUCUGUUCUGGAUACUUGUUCAUUUCUUGCUGCUCGUGGAUUUUAUCCUAUUAAUAACAGGAUUUUUCUGAGGGAGGGAAAAUAGAUCUUGCAUACACUAUAGUUGGAAAUGGAAAUGGACACAUUAUUAAAGUAAGCAGAAAUGUAUAAGUCAGUGCAAAGAAACCAUUGGCAUUUUAUACUGUGCUCUGAAGAAUUGUUCUGUAGUAUUUGACGCCUGUUGUAUCUACCAUCAAAUGAGCCCCAUUUUUCACUUCCAACAUUGGUGCUAAGUAAGCUAUUUAGAUUUCUGGUAAUAUAAUGAUCUGGACCACGAUGUCUUUGAGAAGGCGGUUUCAGAAAAACAUAGCUGUUGUUCAUCUCUUUCUAUCAACAAGAACACUUGGGUUUUCCUUUUUGGUGUUGGUUUCGUUUUAAUCUUCUCAAAAAUGUUUAAUUUUAAAGGCUGCUUUUUAAAAUCCUUAUUUAGAACCAAGUCUGAGUUUUCUCAUUCAGCUCCAACGUUUUAUAAACGAGGAUUUUGAAUAGUGCAUUGCUCUCCCACAUUGAUACAUUAUUAGAUGGUCCAUUUAUAUUGAUCACAAUCUUUGAUACUACUUUAAGUGGUACCCAAUAUCUGACUGUGAUGUUGAGUUGAAACAGUCUUUUUUCACUGCAUUCUCUCCUUUAUAUAUAAUGUAUAAAUAAUAAAUGUGUGUAUAUAUCCACUGGUCUGAGAUUUUAUACACAACUAUAUAUAUACUAAUUCUCUCAAAUCACUGAAGUUUUAUAGAUAGCUGCGUUUGGCUCUAUUGUUAAUUGGUGUAAUCUUAAAAUGCAUUUAUGCAGGCUGUAAAUAUGUAUAAAUUUUGAUGUUGAAUUGGUGUAUUUAGUGUUUCGGUGUCAGUAGGGAUCAUGUUUCUUCCCUUUUCUAAACUAAAAUAUUUAUUGUUAAGGCAUGAUUAUAAUGAUGCUACCAAAGGAAUUAACAACAUAUUUCCAUAGUUAGGGCCCAGACCUUCAUUUGCAUCAGUGAGUAUUUAGCCAUUGAUUUGAAUGGAAUUUCAACUAUAUUGCAGACGUAUAACUAUUUUUAUAUUAAGAGUAAACAAUACUUGCUUUGCUUGACAUACAUUAACUGAAUAAAUAGAAAUUCUUUACAGUUCAUAAUGAGUGUUGUUUUGUAAUUUGUUUUGUGGGCAUUCAAUUAAGGUUCAGUUUAUGUUUAGAUAUAAUUUGCUAUCUUAAAUUUGUAUUUGAAAAGUUGCCCUAGAUAAUUGUCCAAACUAUAUCACCAUAUGUUUUCCUUACAGAGAUUCAUUCUUAAAUAGCCUUGUGAUUUCAAAGGCUAUGGAGUCCAAAUAUUUUCAUAUUUCCGUUUGCCGUGCCCCACCCCUAUUAAAGUUGCAAGAGUUUUAAAUAUCCCUUAUUACAGCGACCCCCAACCUUUUGGGCACCAGGGACCGGUUUGAUGGAAGGACGUUUUUCUGUGGAUCAGAGGGGGCAUGGUUUCACAUGCUGCCUGCAUCCCGCGGAUGGGGUUUUGCGGACCAGUUUCUGGCAUACCAAGAACCGGGGGUUGGGGAUUCCUGCCUUAUUACUUUUGUGCUGACAUGGUUUUUCAGAAAAUAAAAGAGCCUAGAAAUAUAAUACUUCCUUUACUAUGUAUUCGUGCUGCCCCUUAACCAAUUUAAUGGCACCGGUGGUGGAAUUCCCCCCCCUCCAAAAACAAAACUUCAUACAAGCCCUUCAUAGCUAUUGCUGAUUAGAUUGGGGAGACAUGCAGAAUGGGUUCAAAGAGAAGGAUACAUAGAAUUACAUAGAAUCAUAGUGCUGGAAGGGACCUUGGAGGUCUCCUAGUCCAACCCCCCCCCUCCCAAGCCGGGAGACCAUAUAUCAUCUAGGACAAAUAGAUAUCAAUCAUUUUUUGAAGAAAUGGAGCACCUCCAACUCUGGGAGGCAAAUUGUUCCAUUGAUUAAUUGAUCUUAAUGUCAGGAAGUUUCCUUAGUUCCAGGUUGGAUCUCGCUUUAGCGAGUGUCCACCCAUUGCUUCUUGUCCUGCCCUCAGUUGCUUUGAAGAAUAAGUUGACCACCUCUGUGACUGACCCUUAAGUACCAGAAGGCAACUGCCAUGCCACCCGUAUUCAUUGAACUAGACACCCUUAGCCAUUCCUCAUAUGAUUUAACCACCGAACCUCUUACUUUUGUUGCUCGUCUUUGUACUUUUUUUUCAGGGUCUCAGCAUCUUUUGGGCAUUGUGGUGACCAAAGCGAGACAGUAUUCCAAGUGUGGCCUCCCUAGCACCACACUUAGGUUGUGUUUUUGUCAAAGGUAUUGUUAAUCAUGCAAUGCCUGAAUAUAACCCAAAAUGUGCCAGGAUGCUCCACAUAAUCAGGAAGUGGUUUAUUUGUUUGCUUUUGUAAUAAACUUAUGUAGAAAGUUUAACUCCACAUGACACUGAAUUAAAUUUACUUUGAAAUUGCAUUUUAAGUGGUGGAUGAAAAAGGGAUUCUACUACAGAAAGAUGGGAUCAGUGAAAUGCAUUCUGAAGAUUUAAUCUGUAGAAAAAUGUUGUUAUUCUGGUUACUUGUUCAAGAUCAGAUUUAAUCAUUUCUUUCCUGCAACAAAUUACAUUUUGAAUAUUUCUGUACAAUAUUUUUCAAGCAGCCUCUGGUAUUAACUGUGCAAUCCAUUACUUUAGAAUAUCUUGUCUCCAACUUAUUUGCACAGACUUGUGCAAAUAAAACUUGUUUAACAAAUCCUC